AUGUCUGGCUCUACUCGCGUUGCGUUCGUGUCCGGGGCCGCGCAGGGCAUCGGCCUCAAGAUCGCCCUCCGGCUCGCGGAUGACGGCCUCGACGUGGCAGUCAAUGACAUAGCUUCGAAGAAGGACCAGCUGGAGGAAGUUGUUGCCCAGAUCAAGGCAAAGGGGAGACGCGCGAUCGCCGUUCCGGGAGACGUGUCCGUGGAAGACGAGGUCCGGGACAUCAUCGAUAAGGUCGCCGCAGACCUCGGAGGACUGGACGUUCUCGUCGCAAACGCGGGCUUGCUACUCGUGAAAGCCGUACAAGACAUCGAGGCAGAGGAAUGGGAUCGCGUCUUUGCCGUGAACGUCAGGGGCACAAUGCUCCAGUAUAAGUACGCUGCCAGGCAGAUGAUCAAGCAGGGUCGGGGCGGUAGAAUUCUAGGUGCUUCGUCUGUCGCUGGCAAGAGAGGUUGGGGCGGCAUCUCCGCGUACUCUGCGAGCAAGUUCGCCGUCCGGGGCCUCACGCAGUGUCUCUAUGCCCCAGCGAUCGAACUGGCGCAACACAACAUCACGGUCAACGCCUACGCCCCCGGCAUCGUAAUGACCCAGAUGGCGCAAGACUUGGGCGACGGCCUCGUGAGGGUCGGCAUGCCCGCAGAGAUCCCCGUGGGCCACCCCGACAGCGUCGCGAGCAUCGUGUCCUACCUCGCCAAGCCCGAGGCGUCCUUCGUCACCGGGCAAUCCAUCUCGCCGAACGGCGGGGCGGUCCUCGACUAA